AUAGUGCUUUAUACUGACUGACAAUGACACAUUCUAUGUGGGAAGGUGGCAACUUCAGAUUUAUAUUUUUAUCCUCUGAAGAUCAUUUCAGUCUCGUUUUUAACCAGAAAAACACAGGAAGACAGCGGCUGACUACAGAGGUGCAAGGAAUGCCUAAAUCUGAGAGAGAGGGUGACAAAAGAGCGAGUGGGAGAGAAAAUGAACGACGGGAUGCAUCUCCCCCUCUUUUAUACAAAUCUUCUUCCCCACAGCCGGUGGAACAUCUUUCUUCUGGGGUCCGUUGUAGAGCUGCUGAUGAGUUUGAACGGAUGCAGUUUCUUCAGCUGAUGUUUCAGAAUUUCCAGACCGUUCCGAUCAGGCCAUCUGUACUUCGCUCUCCGGCUCUCCAGCUUCAGGCAAAUGAGGGCAACCCAAUAGUCAUGAACAAAAGAAAAGACAUAGGUCACAGUGCGCAGACUUUCAUGCAAGCUGUCUCUGGAUCAAGCCAGCACAGGAAACAAUCUUCCAGCUUUCAUUCUCACAGCCCAGUCGAGUCAGAAAUCCAGAGAUCCAACUCUCUUUUUGUAAACGGACAAUGUCGCUGGCCAGGCUGUGAUAAAGUCUUUGAAGGGUAUACACAUUUUUUGAAACAUCUGAACCAAGAGCACAGCACAGAUGAUAAAACAAUUGCACAGUGGCGAGUUCAGCAAGAUCUGGUACACAACAUGGAGAAUCAGCUCAUUCAGGAGAAGCAGAAACUUCACGCGAUGCAACUUCACCUUCAACUGCUUGAAUGCAUCUCGACACGUACCGGGGCUGCUCCAGGCUGUUGGAGGCCGCUGGUACCAAAUUUGCCCCAGGUGGGGGAGCCAGAUGGCAGGACAGAGAGAGCUAGUGAAGCACCAGUACAACAGGAACCCUGGCACAUACUCCUACCACACCUGCUGCCAGAUUUUGUUAGCAGCGUUGAAUACUACAAAUAUGCCAAUAUACGACCUCCAUAUACUUAUGCUUUCUUAAUCAGAUGGUCAAUUCUAGAAGCCCCAGAAAAACAGCGGACGCUAAACGAAAUUUACAACUGGUUCACAAGAAUGUUCUUCUACUUCCGUCAUAAUUCUCCUACAUGGAAGAAUGCUGUGCGACACAAUCUUAGUCUCCACAAAUGCUUUGUGCGGGUGGACGGGAGGACAGGGGCUGUGUGGACAGUGGACGAGGAAGAGUUUCAGAAGAGAAAAGGGCAGAAAAUCCACAGGGACUACACUUUGAAAUGGCUGACACCCUUCUCCCAUUGUUCAUCCCACGAAGCCUCAGAUGUAUCAGUAAAAGCCACAAAUUCUCAGUGAAAUGAAGUGAAAGUGAAGUAUGCAGAAAAUCAAUAAGUUCCGCUUUAGAUGUCAGAGAUUUAGUAGGCCUAUUAUCCUCAAGGAUGGAAUAUUUGUUAAUAUUCAUUUUUUUGUAUCUCUGAAGAAAUGCCAACUAGUCUUCCUUAAAAUAUGACGUUACUGUCUUGCUUUAUAUAAUUUUAUGUAUGUGAUGUAAUACAAAAUACGACAGCAAUAACAUAUUAGAAAAGUCAAAAUGAUUCCGUGUUUCACUUUGACGGACCAGACUCCAACCUGACCAGAAGAGGGCAUCUGUGCGCGCGCACAUUUUUUGGGUGUGGUAAUUCUGUAACAGAGCAGGCAAAGACAAAAAGCAUCAAAACUGCUGGAAUGAAAGACAAAGAAAUUUCCUCUCCACAUUUUUAAAUCGUAUUCUGAUCCUUCUUACUCUGUAAAACUACUCAAAACUGAGCCACUGAAUCAGGUCAAGGUCAAAUUGUAGGCUAUGUUGAAUCAAAUAUGUCUUAUGAAAUGACUCACCACGUUAAUUUGAAUUAGAAUUCUAUGCUUUAUCUGCUUAUACUUCAUCAGGACACUUUUUAAACCCUAUUUUGCACAUUUGUGAAUUCAUGUUGCAGUCUAAAGGUGGAGAGUACAUAAAUCAACUGCAUCUGCUCCCCUGUGGUUCUCUGUUUUGUCUUCCAGCUUGAUGGGAAUGCAUCCACCCCUCAUGAUGCUUCAGCCUGUGCUUUUGUGCUCCUCUGCCACCACAGGCUUUUGCUCACCCGUCAAUUCCAGUGCCACUAUGUGAAUUGUCACAAUGUCAUUGAUAUAUAACCUAUUCACCAAUACAUGGAUAUAAUCUUACAUUCAUUACAACUUCCGCUAAGUAAAAUAGUGCGUACCAAAUAGCCUACUUCAUGUGACACAAAUAUGCCUUCAGUGUGAUACAAAAAACAUGAACAAAUGGGCUGCCUGGACAAAUCAGUAGAGAUGGAACAAACAAUGCAACAACAAACAAUGGAACAACAAUCUAUUUAACAAAUUGCUCAGCCGAGAAAUAAAUAAAUUGAUGCACUGGAAACACUUCACUCUGAUGACACCUGCUGGUCAAAACAGUAAAGGUGAACACAACCCAGAAGACAUCUUUUACAAACCAAUUUAUGUUUGAUGAAAGUAUAACUGAAAGUCAAUGAAUUCAGUUGAUUAUGAAGUGUGUAUAUAAUUUUUAUUCUUUUUUAAGUUGUAGCGUUUGUUUUAUUAUUUUAGGCAGGACUUGACUAAGAAAGCCAAUAAGAAACUAUUUUCACUCUACCUUUUUAAUUAUGCAUGUUUGUUGAAAUUAAAAUCAUUAGAAACGAAGCCUUGUUUGCUGCGAUCAUGUGACUAUAGCUAUCUAUAAUGUUCUUAAAUAAUUAAGAAUCGUGUAAUGAACUUAAUUUUAAGAAUGACUUGUCAAUUCUAUAAAUAUUUUAAAGUUUGUGAAAUGCACUGUUGUGGUGUGUUCCAAAAUUAAAGACAAAAUAUUUCCACCCGUUUUAUUGCUCACAUUUUCCAGCCGUCUCAGUGGGACUCCUCAUGCCUGCUGAUAAUUUUAUUGGUUGAGCACUGAUCUGACAAAAUAUUUCAAACCCUAUAUUUUUUUUCUUUCUUGUUUCCAUGGCCUUAAGUGCUGCAGAUGUAUUAUGAUGAAAAAUAGGCAGUUGACAGCCGCAGGCUAGAGUUAGCUGGACCUUAAUUACACUUGGAGCAUUUCCUUCAGAACACACCUCGUUAUACCGGCUCUGGACAGCCUCACUGUUUCUGACAGCUGCCUCUCUCUGUGUCAGGUGCUUAUUACCUGCUCUUCCUCCCCUGUGGACUUCCAAACAGGUGUCUCAGUGUUAUACGACUGCUGUGUUUUCAUUACCUGAACCUGCCCUAGAUAUGCAGUGGAAACAGAGGAUGGAAUGUCCUUAGUGGACUUUCUGCAGAGUUUUAUAGCCAGAGAAAACAUUAAGCUUUAAUGGACAGUGUCCCUUUUUUUUACUGUUUAUUUUUAUGAUUUUCAGGCUAGAUAGUUGAGCACAAUCAUAGUUAUUUUCUACACACUCACAAUAGAUGUGUUUUGGUGGAAAGUGUGUCAUCUCUGAGAUUUUUUUUUUUUUUCACAGAUUCAAAUGUUAGAAAUACAGGUUGUUCUGUAAUUUUGUUUUUAAAGUAUUGCAGUGGAGCUCAGAUACCUAUUCAUUCUUCUAUUGUAGACUGUACUGUCAAGUUAUUCCUGAAUGGUCUGUUUGGUGGACUACAACGGUAAGAAUAAAAUAGUCUAUUGUUGAAUCAAAUUCAUGUGUUUUCUAUUAACAACUUGACAAAUUCC